AUGAAGACCGGGGGGAGAGCCAGCGAAGGGGGCGGGCGAUCCGCCGGCUCCGCGGGCACCGCCGCCGAGUCGCGCCUGCUGCUCUUUGUGCGUAACGAGCUGCCGGGGCGCGUCGCGGUGCAGGACGACCUGGACAACACGGAGCUGCCCUUCUUCACCCUGGAGAUGUCGGGCACAGCUGCGGACAUCUCGCUGGUCCACUGGCGGCAGCAGUGGCUGGAGAACGGCACCCUGUACUUCCACGUGUCCAUGAGCAGCUCCGGGCAGCUGGCCCAGGCCACCGCCCCCACCCUCCAGGAGCCCUCGGAGAUCGUAGAGGAGCAGAUGCAUAUUCUCCACAUUUCUGUGAUGGGUGGCCUCAUCGCCCUGCUGCUGCUGCUGCUGGUAUUCACGGUGGCGCUGUACGCCCAGCGGCGCUGGCAGAAGCGGCGCCGCGUCCCCCAGAAGAGCGCCAGUACGGAAGCCACCCACGAGAUUCACUACAUCCCGUCGGUGCUGCUGGGCCCGCCGGCGCGGGAGGGCUUCCGCUCCGCCCGGCUGCAGGCGCAUAACUCGGUCAUCGGCGUGCCCAUCCGCGAGACGCCCAUCCUGGAUGACUACGACUACGAGGAGGAGGACGACCUGCCCCGCCGGGCCAACCACGUCUCCCGUGAGGACGAGUUCGGCAGCCAGGUGACCCACAGCCUGGACAGCCUGGGCCGACCAGGGGACGAGAAGGGUGACUUCGAGAAGAAAGCGGCGGCUGAGGCGACACAGGAGCCAGUGGAGUCCCUGAUGCAGAAGUUCAAGGAGAGCUUCCGCGCGAACACGCCCAUCGAGAUCGGUCAGCUGCAGGCAGCACCACGCAGCAUCUCAGCAGGGAGGCGGAAGAGGAGAAGCAGGCCCCGAGGGGGCAUCAGCUUUGGGAGAACCAAGGGGACGUCCGGGUCCGAGGCGGACGAUGAAACGCAGCUGACAUUCUACACGGAGCAGUACCGCAGCCGUCGCCGCAGCAAAGGUUUGCUGAAAAGCCCCGUGAACAAGACGGCCCUGACGCUGAUUGCCGUGAGCUCCUGCGUCCUGGCCAUGGUGUGUGGCAGUCAGAUGUCCUGUCCACUCACGGUGAAGGUGACUCUGCACGUGCCCGAGCACUUCAUUGCAGACGGGAGCAGCUUUGUGGUGAGUGAAGGGAGCUACCUGGACAUCUCCGACUGGUUAAACCCGGCCAAGCUGUCCCUGUAUUACCAGAUCAAUGCCACCUCCCCGUGGGUGAGGGACCUCUGCGGACAGAGGACCACAGAUGCCUGUGAGCAGCUCUGCGACCCAGAAACCGGAGAGUGCAGCUGUCACGAAGGCUAUGCCCCUGACCCGGUUCACAGACACCUGUGCGUGCGCAGUGACUGGGGGCAGAGCGAAGGUCCCUGGCCAUACACGACACUGGAGAGGGGCUAUGACCUGGUGACAGGGGAACAAGCCCCUGAAAAGAUCCUCAGGUCUACUUUCAGCUUGGGCCAAGGACUAUGGCUUCCUGUCAGCAAAAGCUUCGUGGUCCCACCUGUGGAGCUGUCCAUCAACCCACUGGCCAGCUGCAAGACUGACGUGCUCGUCACGGAAGACCCUGCAGAUGUCAGGGAGGAUGCGAUGCUGUCCACGUACUUUGAAACCAUCAACGACCUGCUGUCCUCCUUCGGGCCUGUCCGUGACUGCUCUCGGAACAACGGGGGCUGCACGCGCAACUUCAAGUGUGUGGCUGACCGUCAGGUGGACUCCUCGGGGUGUGUGUGCCCCGAGGAGCUGAGACCCAUGAAGGAUGGCUCCGGCUGCUACGACCACUCCAAAGGCAUCGACUGCUCCGACGGCUUUAACGGCGGCUGCGAGCAGCUGUGUCUGCAGCAGACGGUGCCCUUACCCUAUGACGCCACCUCCAGCACCAUCUUCAUGUUCUGCGGCUGUGUGGAGGAGUACAAGCUGGCCCCUGAUGGGAAGUCCUGCCUCAUGCUCUCAGAUGUCUGCGAGGGCCCCAAGUGCCUCAAGCCUGACUCCAAGUUCAACGACACCCUCUUUGGAGAGAUGCUACAUGGUUACAACAACCGGACCCAGCACGUGAACCAAGGCCAAGUCUUCCAGAUGACCUUUAGGGAGAACAACUUCAUCAAGGACUUCCCGCAGCUGGCCGACGGGCUGCUGGUGAUCCCGCUGCCGGUGGAGGAGCAGUGCCGGGGGGUUCUCUCCGAGCCCCUCCCGGACCUCCAGCUGCUCACUGGAGACAUCAGGUACGACGAGGCCAUGGGGUACCCCAUGGUGCAGCAGUGGCGCGUCCGCAGCAACCUCUACCGUGUGAAGCUCAGCACCAUCACCCUCUCGGCAGGCUUCACCAACGUCCUCAAGAUCCUGACCAAGGAGAGCAGCCGGGAGGAGCUGCUGUCCUUCAUCCAACACUAUGGCUCGCACUACAUCGCAGAGGCCCUCUAUGGCUCCGAGCUCACCUGCAUCAUUCACUUCCCCAGCAAGAAGGUCCAGCAACAGCUGUGGCUCCAGUACCAGAAAGGAAAGGCCAAGGCUGAAAAAGGAGGUCGGAGGGAAGAGACCAAAUGGGGCACGUGUAACAACCACGGACAUCGCACAGCCCUUCACAGUUCACAGUCUGGCCUUUGGUCUUCCCACCUACCCCUUGAGGCAUAAAAAAGGCAAGAGGACCCACCUCUCAUCACUGAGAAAGGGAAAUCUGAACUCAGAAGUGAUUGGGGGCUUGCCUGGACCACACCAGGUGUUACUGAAUGAACUAGUGUUUAAAUUCCAACCUGAGUCCAAUGUCCCGGUCUUUCCAGGUUUCCUAAUUAAUGGUGGGGCUCUGGUCACUGUUGUGAUCCAGCCACUAGAAAUGAUGGAAGGCCAAGGGGGUUGGGGUGGAUGUGCCUGAUUAAAAUGUCUCCCAUGAGAGUUUUACUCUCAUUCCCAUAAGUGCUUCCAAGUGUGCAUUGCACAGGAAAAAGAAAGUCACAUUGAUCAUUCAUUACCCUCUGGUUCACUGGUAUUUCCUAAGUGCUUCUUCACUGCAGACCUCGUGUAAUGCUGGGGCAUUACAGUAGGCAAGACAUGGGUGCUGUCUACACGUGGGUUCAGCCUGUACUAGCCUUCCAAUACUCUGUCAUUUCUGUGAUAGACAUUCUUUUUUUGAUCUAUUGAUAGGCAACUGGAGAAAGGCAGGUGGCUGGCGUGUGGUAGGGAACUCAGUCACUGUCACAGUGGCCCGUGAAUUUUGUUUCAUAUGCCAGUUCUGAUCAGUUGAGGAGUGGCUUGUCCAGACGCUGUGUGGAGGUCACUGGGGUCAUCAGAAAAGAACGCUGGUCAAUUAGCUUGUCAACGUGGUCAGUUAGCAGUAUCUGCUCUAGAUGCAGAAAGGGGAAGUUGUGGUCGACACU